GGGGUCUGAAAGCGAUGCCAUUGGCGGAACCGAGCCUCUCAUCUUACAACAUUUUAUAUAACCGGAUGAUACAACAUAUACAGUUAACACUACAGAGCGAGCGGGACGGAGAUAUACGUUUGAAUACAGUGUGUCGUUUCGCUCUCGUUCCGUCUCUGUCACGCGGCGCGGCAGCAACUGUUCGCUUCAAAAUGAAUCAACAGUGUUCGAAACAACUCGUCGGAGUGUGUCGCCUUAACUGUAACGUUCGCGUUCCAUUUUCGAAUUGCAAUUCUUUUUUGAAAUUUAAAAUAGUAGAGUAGUGUUGUUGCAUAAUGUUGUUGUGUUGUCAGUAGUUGCGCGGUUGUUGCAGUUGUCAGUUUAUUUUGUUGUUGCGGUUGGAUUGUUAUUUUGAUGGAAAUGUCUCUCCCAAACGGUGUGGACGUGUCCCAGUUGGUGCAGCAUCCAGUCUUGGCUGCACUGCCUCCCUUCUUCCUCAGAGCUUCAGAGAGAUAUCAGUCUGCUCUGCCUCAUCAGCGUACGCCGAAGUGUGCUCGGUGCCGCAACCACGGCGUGGUGUCCGCCCUGAAGGGCCACAAGCGGUACUGCCGCUGGCGCGACUGUGUCUGCGCCAAGUGCACCCUCAUUGCGGAGCGACAGCGGGUCAUGGCUGCACAGGUGGCGUUGCGUCGCCAGCAGGCGCAGGAGGAGAACGAGGCCCGGGAACUGAACCUGCUGUACGCGAGCCAGACAUCCACUGCACCACACCACUACACUGACAUGCCUGAGGAUUCACCAGUUCAAAAGCGCGCCCGCAUCACAGAAGUAUGCUCCAGUCCAUCACCGCCAACAGAAUCGCAACAAGAAUCAAAAACACCCGCCCCCACCCCACCACUGGCUACUCCACCCCCGCGUUCGCCUUCAGACCACGAAUUAAACGUAGAAGAAGAACUAGAAGAAACAGAACCAUCACUCACACCCGAAAACCUUUCAAUGAAAGAGCAAAGAGAAGAAGUUCCCGUCAAAAAAGAAGAAGAAGAUAAAUGGGAGAACCCUGACUUCAAAUACAAGAUGUUCAGACGAGAGAGGAAGGAGACGGUGGAGACUGUGGCUGAAGACCCAUCUCCGUACCAAAAGUCGCCUGUAGAUGUGUUAAUAAAGGUGUUCCCUAGACGCGGUCGACAGGAGAUUGAAGGGAUCCUGGCGAGGUGCAAGGGUGACGUGGUAGCUGCGAUGGAGAUGAUGAUUAACGGGGAGAACGCGAACCCUUACCAAGUGACCCAGGAGUCACCUCCGUACAUGCAGUAUCAGUCAAAGUCUGCCUUCUCUCCGCUGUCGAACCAGAGCUUCAAGUUUUCUCCGUCGCGCCGGUUUUUGACACCGCCCUACAGUGGCACUGGGUACCUACCGACGGUGAUCCGACCACCUCCUGAGUACUUGUCCUCAUUCAUGCCUCCAUCUGAGCUCAUGUACGGAAGACAGCUGCAGGUACCAUCACCAGGGACCUCUCCAACGUCUGACAAUACGAAUAAUGACGGGUUUUCUGAUUAGGGGUACCUGAAAUAUUGGACUGUGCUCUAAUCCGUUAUUGGGAUGCAGUGUGUCAUUGUUCCACCGUGCUGUGUCAUUGGAGAGUGCUUGGAAGUCAGUCUUUGUAUUGUGAAGUGACUGCAACGGUGCGUGACGUCACUAGCCUGUAGAAUAGUGCUGUGACAAAGACUCUAUUUGAUAUCAUAGUCACUUUAUAUUAGUAAAGCAACUAUAGAUAAUCUUGAUACUUUUCAAAUUAUAGGCUUAUUAUAAAAAUGUUUGUAGCGACUCCAUUAUUAGGUAUACGACAAAAUAAAUGUGUUUUAUUUACACAAACAUUAUUGAAUAUAAUUAAUCUAAAUUUAAUUCUAUGUAAAUAUCGAUAAAAUAUCAUAAAAAAUGAUUUUAUUUCUUUCUAAUUCCUUAAUGAUAAAUUAAUAUUUAAUUUUCUAAGCAAUUUGAUAUUUCAAAAAAUAUUAAGAUUAAGAAUAUUUAUGUAAAUAUGACGUUGGUAUGCUCGCUUAUAUGACUAGAUUAUUGUAAUUUUAGAAACUAAAUACUACCUUAUGUACUUAAUAGUAUAGUUGAGAUUUACUUGUAGCAUUUGUCGUAGAGUAGGAAUUGAUAGUGACUACGUUAAUUGAGAGUAGCGUGCAACGCUGCUGAAUGUAAAAACAUGUAAAUACAUACAGACAUAAUGUUAUACCUAAAUACGUAUUAAUAAAUAAUAGUAAUGUAGUCAAGUAUCAAUAUUAAUCGGUUGUCGUACUCAUUGUCGACAAAAUAAAUUAU